AUGGCCGACUCAUAUAGCCCCGUAGUAGCAGUGGUAGAUUUCCACCACCAGCGUGGACCCGAAGUGGAGCGCUGGGUAGGAGUAGAAGAAGGAUACGAUCCCGCCAUCGACAACGACUGGCAGCUGCUGCCCUUCCUCGCCCUGUCCGAUGGAGCUCAUGCCGCGACCGAGGACUUUUCGUAUUUCACGCUCGUCUUGAAGAGCACACCGGAGCGCUCGCUAUUCGGCAUAAGCUGCACUCGCCAACUCGACUCAAGAGAACUGCUCAACCGACCCGCCGAUGUCACUCGCAGCACCGUACAGAAGGCAGUCGUCGUCAUUACCGAGAAUCCACAAACAUUCACCGCCAUAAGAGAGAAGCUCAGUGUCGUGACAAAGGCUUGGUUUGCACAGAAAGACUUUGGCGAUAUCGAAAUCCUAGAGCGGUUCCAAGAGAGUCUCAACAAAGGCUUCGGCAGUCAGGAAGACGAUAGAGACCUCUACUUUGGCUUGUCGAUGCGCGAGCUGAUACACCAGUUCAAAUGGCAAACACUUGUGCUGUUCAAAUGUCUGCUGCUACAGCCAAAGAUGCUCUUCUUUGGCUCCAACUGUGAAAAGAUGUGCCUGGUCCAGUUCUCUCUCAUAUCCUUGAUCCCCACUCUCAUGCGUCAUCUUCGCGAUUGUGCAGAUCCUCGCAUGGACUACUAUGCUACACACGUAGAGAAGCCUACUUCGCUAAAGACAAGUGAACGAGCUUCACUCCUGGCUUACAUGGGAGUGCCUCUCCAGAUCUUUGGCAAAGGUAGUCUAUUCGGACCGUACACACCACUACAACAACUAGACACUUUGGCUGACCAACACACCAAAUCGUAUGUUGUUGGCUCUACUAAUCAGCUGCUCUUGCAGCAGAAGGACCGCUACGCAGAUAUUUUGGUCAAUCUUGAUGAUAACACUAUCAACAUACACUCACCUUCCCUGCGUAACGCCUUAGCUUUGUCAACAGCCGAUAGGCGAUGGAUCGAUUUCCUGACCCAGUCCGUACAUGACACAUGGGACGAAAAUAUUCCCAGCAGGCCUAAGGAUAUGGGCUAUGCUGGUAGCGAGGAAUUUAUCCGUCUCCAGUUCGAGGAGUAUUUGCUUUCCUUGCUAUCGGCCUCCAAAUACAGCCGGUUCGUCUCGAGCCACAAAGGCGACCCCAAGGCUCUACUCUCAGAGGUCGAAGGUGAUCCAGCUAUGGAGUUCGGUAGUGAGUUCAUGAAUCAAUGGUCCUUGACUGAGAACUAUGCUCUUUUCGAGCGGACGACAGACUCGCACCUGUUCGAUGUUGUUGAGCCGCGCCACCCUUGUGCUGGUGGCCUGACUAUCGAGGACGUACAACGCAGACUUGCUGCUCAGGUCUCUGAACUACAUUUGGAUGAGCGUUGGAGGGGUAGUAAGGAGGCUGUGGGCAAACAUAUAUCUACUGGUCGCGAGCGCGUCGCUGGUGCUAUCAACACGCUUUGGGCCGACAUCGAAGUAAUGCGCGAAGCCCAGCGCAAACGCGUCGAGGAGCAGAAGGCAGCUGCCGCUGUUGCUGCUGCCAACAACCCUCCCGCACCUGAUGAGAAAAGUGCUCCCAAGGUGGUCCAAGCCCAGGCAUCAGUGCAAGCAGCAUCUUCACGCGCAGGUGCCUAUCUAUCAUCAUGGGGAGCAUGGGCUUCCGAAAAGCGCAAGAACUGGCAGAAGCCCGAGAACAAUGCCGCCGUGCCAACAACCGCAACCCUGCCUCCUACCCAGAUCUGGGAGGCAGAGGAUUCUAGGCCUGCUGUCACGACCGUCUCUGAGCUUGGCAGGACAGGUCAAGCUCAACCCGCGCCACUCCCUCGAGACAAAGUCGAGACUGCCAACAAAGCAAACAAAGACGAAGACGAGGAAGAGGAGGAUACACAGAAGACACAGCAAGAGGACAUUGCCACUCAGGUGGCAGCAGAAGAUCCAUGGGUGCAGGAAAAGAUCUGAUUAUCUUGUAUAGGCAGGAAGCCCACUCGUCAAGACCUUUGGCAAUUUACCAAAUCGCACUUGCGCAUUUCCUGCCACCAUUGGCUAUAUCAUACUCUCCAUUACUUUACAUGGUUGUUUGCGAUAUCAAGGCCCAGAAGUUUAUCAGAGAGCAGUUUGUGUAAUGGUCAAUAUGAUUCUGUAAGCACCCAAUAGAAUGAGGAAGGCGCUAGACCACAUUCCCAAUAAGACAUUUCCAUCAGUCU